AUGCUUAAUGCUAUUUGGAUUAUUUUACAACUUCAAUGUGAAUAUAUUGCAACAAAACUUACUGAAUUAAUGAUUGAUAUUCGUCGACUAUUUGGCAGACAUGGUACUAAACUACAAUUAUUAGCUUUAUUAUUUAUGUUAUUUUUUGUAUCAUUUGUUUCACCUGUUAUAACAGUACCUAAACAAAGUAUUACAUUUCAAAUAAAAUCUGUUAUUAAUAAAGAACAACAUGAUAUACAUAGUCUUGGUUAUGAAUAA